CUUUGAGUUACACAAUCAACAUUUAUCAUCAACCGCAAGCAUAAUUUUGUUGUUUGCUGAUACUUAAUGCUGUAGCUGUUGCUCAACAAAUCUCGCGUCCUUGGUAUAUGUAUCAUAUCACUCACAAUCUUUGAACUCAGGCUCGACCCAACAACUACGCGCCAUGCCGUACGCGAAGCCACCUUCUUUUAUGGUGUAAUGCGCCGUGGAAUCCGAACCCGAGGCUCACAAGUACGCGCAACAGUUACGAUCUCAGUUUCAACAAACCAUCCGCGGCUCCACCUUCCCUCCAAGUUCGAUGGACCUCCGCCUCUUGACCUCUCGCUCUCCCCCUCCCACCUACUCCCCCUCUCGCCCCCAUUUCCCCCAUCGCCGCCUCGCUCUCCCCUCUCCUCUCGCCCUCCUCGCUACCCGGAGGAUCCGAAUCCGGACCCAUGCUCGCCUUCUACCACCGCGCCCCGCUGCCGCAAGAAGCGAUCCCGGGGCUGCUGAGCACGCUGACGAUACCCCCGUCGGCGCCGGCGGAAUCGAUGAGUCCGACGGUUCCGAGGUGUCGGUUCUCCGUUCGGAUGGGACGGGUUUGGAGUCGCCGAGCAUUUGGAAGCAGAUGAAGGAAAUCGCCGUGUUCGCGGGGCCGGCGUCGGGGCUCUGGAUUUGCGGCCCGCUGAUGAGCCUCAUCGAUACCAUGGUCAUCGGCCAGGGGAGCUCCUUGGAGCUCGCCGCCUUGGGUCCGGGAACGGUCUUUUGCGAUUACCUUUGCUACGUCUUCAUGUUUCUGUCGAUUGCAACUUCCAACAUGGUUGCCACUUCACUUGCUAAGAAGGAUAAAAGGUUAGUGCAGCAUCAGAUAUCCAUGUUACUGUUUGUUGCUUUUGCUUGCGGGCUGGGAAUGCUUUUGUUCACAAGAUUGCUGGGCACACAAAUACUAUCUGCUUUUGUUGGAUCAGAGAAUUUACACCUUGUUCCUGCUGCCAAUUCAUAUAUUCAGAUUAGAAGCUUUGCAUGGCCUGCAGUUCUUGUUGGCAUGGUUGCUCAGAGUGCUAGUUUGGGAAUGAAAGAUUCAUGGGGACCUUUAAAGGCUUUGGCAGUUGCUAGUGCAGUAAACGGUUUUGGUGUGAUUUUCCUUUGUUGUGUUUGUGGGUAUGGUAUCGCUGGAGCUGCUUGGGCAACAAUGUUGUCACAGGUUGUUGCUGCUUUUAUGAUGAUGGAAACCCUUAGAAAGUCAGGUUUUAGUGCAUUGUCAGUAUCCAUUCCUUCACUCAGAGAUUUCCUCCAAAUAUUGGGUAUUGCUGCUCCAGUAUUCAUGACAAUGACAUCGAAGGUUGCAUUCUAUUCCCUGCUCACCUAUUCUGCUACAUCAAUGGGGACAAUAACCAUAGCAGCCCAUCAGGUUAUGAUUAACGUCUUCUUCAUGUGCACAGUUUUUGGUGAACCCCUCUCACAAACUGCACAGUCUUUUAUGCCAGAAUUGAUGCAUGGAGUUAAUCGCAGUUUAGAGAAGGCACGCAUGUUACAGAAAUCACUUGUGGUGAUUGGAGCUAUAGGUGGACUGACCAUAGGAGCUGUUGGAACAUCUAUCCCAUGGCUUUUUCCUUACAUUUUCACAACUGACAAUGUGGUCAUUGGGGAGAUGCACAAGGUCCUGCUUCCUUACUUCAUUGCAUUGAUGGUGACACCUUCAACGCUUAGUCUUGAAGGAACAUUGCUGGCUGGCAGAGAUCUUAGGUUUUUGAGUCUGUCAAUGAUUGCUUGUUUUUGUGUGGCUGGACUUCUAUUGUCGCUCGUCUGCAGUAAAGGUUUUGGUCUCCCAGGCUGCUGGUGGGCCCUUGUUGGAUUUCAAUGGGCCCGCUUUUCACUUGCUUUACAGCGGCUUCUUUCCCCUCGUGGCAUGCUUUUUAGUGAAGAGUAUUACCAACAUCAAUUGGUGAAAUUGAAGACGUAGUUCAUCGUCCUACGGGGUGAUUCUUUAGCCGCAAGCAUUCUUUCGCCAUAACAUCACCGGGUAUUAAUUUUGUCAGCAUUAUCUCUUCGGUGUUUGUUAAUAGAAUUCAUCUAAAGAAAUAGCUCCGUUUUUCUUUGCUUUUUUUUUUUUCUUCUCUUUAGGUUCGUUCGGUUUCUUGGAAGAAUAUUAUAGGAUGUGUAAUAUAAUUAUAGGCACAACUUCCGACCCAACAAAACAGGAUGCCAACACUCGGGUAAUAUUACAUAAUGUGCACUUUCCGUAGCUUUUUUCAGGGACGAUUGGAUGAUGCAGAGACUAGCAUAUGUAUCUUGCCACAAAACGAUCAUUCUUGCCAAGCAUACACAAAAGCAAAUGGUCGCACGCGGGAGCAGUAAGUUCUCGAGAAGUGCAGCAUCUUUCCACGUAUAAAUCUGAGCAUCCUUCCAUCCCAGUGACCACCAAUCUAUCAAUGCCAUAACCGAUGGUUUUUAUUUGUUGGAAGAUAUUUUUGGUUGGGCUAGCAAUUGUGGCUCAUAACGUGUUAGUUAACAGAUAAACCGAUAGAUGUGACAGUUUAAAGCUUUCAGAUAAACUGGUAAUGUGUUUGUUAGCCA